AGAGCAAGCAGGGCGAGUGUGGAGGGAGAGCCGUUUGAGAGAGAGGGGGUUGUUCCAUCAGCGCUGGUGAAGUUUCAUCUCUGUGCUUCACACGCAGACAGAACAGGAGAUAACACACACACAUACACACAGAUACGAUGCUGCUCUCAGGAAACGCGCUGCUUUUCCUGCUGUGCCUCAGCCAGGCGGCCGGCGUCUGGAGUUUUGCGCGUCUCUUGGACGACGUGGAAAUACGCUCGGCUUUCUCAGUUGCACGCACCAACAGCAUGGAAGGUGGACCUAAGAUGACGGUGACCUUUGACACUGUCUAUGUCAACAUCGGCGGGGACUUUGACCCGAAGACGGGCGUGUUUCACUGUCGUAUCCCGGGGGCGUAUUACUUCUCCUUCACGGUGGGGAAGUUUCCACACAAAGACCUGUCAGUGAUGCUGAUGAAGAACAGGAACGAGGUGCAGGCUAUCGUCUACGAGGAGAACGCCGGGGAGGAGAGGAAGGUGCAGAGCCAGAGCGUCAUGCUGCAGCUGGAGUUCAGUGACACCGUCUGGCUCCGCCUCCACGGGGACCCUCGCUAUGCCCUCUACAGCAACACUGGACAUUACACCACCUUCAACGGCUACCUCAUCUACCCCGACACCUACGACUACCAGACACACCAUCACCAACCGCAUCCCAACUACAACUCCCAGCAGCCCCAGCAGGACAGCGUCCCCUUGUUGCAGAGUAACCAGGCCACAGAUGACAGGUCUGGAUCCAGAGGUUUGCUGGAGGAGAGGGAGCUGCAACAUAGAGAGGAGGAGGAGGAGGAGGAGGAGGUGGAGGAGGUGGAGCAGGAGGAUGAAGAGGACGACCAGAGAUCUGCCUUCUCAGUGGGGCGCACCCAGAGCAUUGUGGGAGUGGACCAGGUGGGCUUGCCACAGCACCAGCCCGUUAGCUUCGACACAGCUCUCGUCAACAUUGGAGAGGACUUCAACAUUACCCAGGGCGUGUUCGCCUGCCGUGUUCCUGGCGUGUACUACUUCUCCUUCAACGUGGGCAAGCUGCCACAGAAGACGCUGUCCGUCAAGCUGAUGAAGAACCGUCUGGAGGUGCAGGCGAUGAUCUACGAUGACAGCCAGGGAGAGAAAGCCCUGCAGAGCCAGAGCUUGAUGCUGGCGCUGAAACCCGGGGACACGGUCUGGCUCUACUCGCACCAGAGAGACGGGUUCGGAGCCUAUAGCAACCACGCCAAGUACAUCACCUUCACUGGCUUCCUGGUUUACCCAGACUCCCCCCCCACCGCCACUACCAGCCAAUCACCUGCAGAUAAGAAACCUUAGCUGCAGGACAUGGGCUCGGGACUGAACAUUGUGUUAGGAAUUCAUGCAAGAUGGAAAAGUGUGCACGUCCACCACAGAGGCAGGAGAUCCCUCUUUAUAUGAAUUCCUUCACAAAGUGACAGGGAGCUCGGACUGAGCGCAGAGCUUCAAAGAAGAGUUCCCAGGAUCUGACUUCAUCUCACCUCACGUGGAACCAACAGUAAUGUGAAUAUUUCACUUCAUAAUGGAAACUCAGUCAUUACUUGCUCACCUCUGUGUCCUUUAAACUCUCCGUAGACCUUGUGCCACCUCCAAAACGAACCCCCAUCAAAUCCUGGAAAGAAAAUUACAUCUAGAACUUAAAGACAAAUUUUAGUUACAUGUCGUUUGUAGAGGACUCUCAAUAACUUCAUAUGAUCAGUGGAUAUUAAAAGACACAGAAAUGAGGAGAUAACUGUUUUCAGUGAAAUUUUCUGUUUAGUGAAUUUGUUCUCGUCAAAGACUUGUUGUUUCUGCUUUUAUGUAAAAACUUGACUUUACGUCUUCGACACAAGUGAAAACUGUGUGAUUAUCAACUGUGUGAUUAUCAACUGUGUGAUUAUCAACUGUGUGAUUAUCAACUGUGUGAUCUGUGUCAUAAUGAGUCUCGACCCUCAGAGGACAACACGACCACAAAGUCAAGACUGAGUUUCCAUCCAACUUUUAACCUCAUGCCACUUCUGAGCCCGAGGGGAUCCAGACCAUAAUUUAACUUCUGUUCAGAGCAGCGUUUGAUUCAUUUACCAGAUGGCGAGCC